AUGGGCUUCGCUACACUCAUUGAGAUGUGGGUGUUAGUUUGCGUGCCAAUCUGGGGUGAAUGGGCCAAAACAUUUGCAUGGACUUUAUGGAUGAUCGACGUGGUAGCUGCAGCUUCUGUAACUUCGUCCCUGACCUUUAUUUUAAUGUCUCAGCGCUAUAUCACCUCGCUAGAUCGGUUCACUGCGGUCCAAUUAUUGCCAAUCGCAGCGACUAUUGUGGCAGCGGGUACUGGCGCCGAGGUUGCUCUUAUCUUAGCAGACAAACACCAUGCGAUGGGAACACUCCUCGCCUCAUUCAUUCUCUGGGGUAUGGGCACUCCGAUGGCCAUUGUGGUAUUGGUAAUAUAUUAUCAGCGAUUAGCAGUGCAUAAGCUUCCACCGAGGGAACUGAUUGUGAGCUGUUUUCUACCGCUGGGCCCUCUUGGCUUUGGUGGGUUCGGCAUCAUUUACAUUGGGAAGGUAGCACGGGUAUUGUCGCAGGAUUCCCAGUUCCUCGACCCUAUCGCAGGCCACAUUGCAUAUGUCUUGGGUGUCUUCAUAUCCCUCCUCAUGUGGAGCUUCGGCUUGAUUUGGCUCGUGUUUGCCCUAGCUACCGUUCUAUACAGCUCUCCGUUUCCUUUCAACAUGGGUUGGUGGGGAUUUACGUUCCCACUUGGGGUGUAUUCCGCAAACACUAUAGAGUUGGGCCUUGAAAUGGACAUCAUGUUCUUCAAAGUUCUCGGUACCGAUACGGGGGAGUACGAGUUUCCCUUCUUGCAGGAGGUCUUCUCUCCUCGUGAAUCGCACAAGAUCGAUUUUGUCUUCGUUCAUGGCCUGAACCCAAGCGGUCGCAAUGACCAUCCUUUCCAGACAUGGACGCAUAGCAAUGGCAAGUUUUGGCCGAGGGACUUCCUGGCCGAGGACAUACCCUAUGCGCGCGUCUUCGUUUACGGAUACAAUUCAAGCAUCACCCAUCCACAGACCAUGUCUACGGCUAGCAUCAAGGACCAUGCGAAUACGCUGUUGAAUUUAUUGGAUAUGGAACGCGGCCCUCAGAUGGGAUCUGUUCCACCGAAAGUGAUAUUCAUCGGACAUAGUUUGGGGGGGUUAGUGAUCAAACAGGCACUGCUCAAUGCUAAAGAAGAUCCAAAAUAUACCUCUAUUCGUUCGGCAACUUCUGGUCUCGUCUUCUUCGGUACACCUCAUCGUGGAGCGAAGGCUGUGGAACUAGGGAAAAUUGCAGCCCGGGUUGCUCGCUUUGUCUCCAAAGGCCAUGCUAGCAAUGACCUUCUAAACUGCCUGGAAUUCAAUUCCCUUUUUACUCGACAGAUGACCGAUCGGUUCCGACAUCAACUGGAAGAUUAUCGUGUUGUUAGCUUUAUCGAAGGGAAGGAGGUGCAGAUAGGGGGAGUUGGACCAGCAUCUAUCAGCCAUCUUGUGGUUGAUGAAGAGUCUGCGGUUCUUGGGCUGUCUGGUUUACGCGAAACCCAACUCAAGCUCGACGCAGAUCACUCGCAGAUGUGCAAGGUGGGCUCUCGGGGUCCGAUGUACCGUUUGAUAAAAGGCAAUAUCAAACAACUGGUCGAUCAGGCGCUUCUGUCGGAGCAAGGCUUUAUUCCACCAUCGAUACCUUCAAGUACCGCGUCAUCCCCACCGCCAGUCCCACCACGCCUUCAUUCAAAUAGUAGCACGCCAUACCAUGGGCAGAGUCGCCCAUCUCCUUCGACACAAAGGGUGACAGGAAUGAUUUUCAACGCUCUGGAUAAUGACCCACGGUCUGUUCGCUCCGCAGAACUCAAAAAUCGGGCUCGAUGGGACGAAGCCCGAACCGUCGAAUAUGGGAUUUUCCAGGAGCAUUUGCGCAGCCUUGGUCCGGAUCAUUUCAGUACACUAUCAGUGGCAUACAAUUUAGCUGAGGUGGAAAUGGAGUCCAGCUACUUAGAUAAAGCAAAUGAAUGGUGCCAUUGGGUGUCCGAAAAUGCCCAACGCGUCUUUGGGACAAAACAUCCCCUGGCAAUGAAGACGGAAAGUUUGACUGCAGAGGUCUUGUGUCAACAAGGCAAGUACCAAGAGGCCGAGUCGGUCUGCGCCAACGUGUUAGCCCGUCAGCAAAUGACUAUCGGCGAAGAUCACCUAGACACCUGUGACACUCGGCGCCGAUUGGGAAUGACCUACAAUGGACUAGGUCGCCGGGAAAAUGCCGUUAUGACUGCGGAGAAGCUGACAGACACCCUAAAGCGUCUGCUUGGAGAAACCCACAUUCGUGUAUUUGUCAUUGCGUUGGAUGCUUUGGAAUACAUCGUGAGCAACCAUUCUGGGAACGAAAAUGCCCUAAUUGUGAUGCGUUUUCAACCCGAUGUACAACAAGCAGUGGGGAUAUCGUUACAGGUCUACCAAGAGCUUCGUAAUGCCUUGGGUCAUGGACACCCGGCUACCAUUCGCGCUCUCUGUCUCCACGGCCGAGCACAAAACUUUAUGCAGCAGAGUAUAGAGGCCUCAGAGACACUGCGCCGGGCUUUGGCCAGUGCCGAAGAAACGUUAGGACCCGAUCAUCCGCUGACAUUAGAAAUCGUGGGCAACAUUGGCAUUAUGUACGCUGCGCAAAAUAGCUAUGCUCAAGGUUUACUCAGCAACAGUCCCGCUGCUGAAGCCUUCCCCUGGCUGAUACGAUAUUUGAACUGGGUUGAACAGCGCAAAGGCAAAAACAACCCCGAAGCGCAAGCCACUUUGGAGCUUCUGGCCAGUCUACAUUUCAACGCUAGAGAGUACGAACCCGCCCAGAAUUACUAUGAGCGCCUCGUGGCGAAUAUUCGCGGGGCCGACUCAGCAAUGACCGAGCGCGUCAACACUCGGCUUCAACUGUGCCGGGCGAACACCAUGUACACCCGUCGGGGCCUAGGAUCAGGACUAGGAGGGUUUUUGUCCAGCUUGCAGCGAUACUGA